AUGAAUCAAUUAUCAGAUUUGGAACUAGUAGCUCAAGCUAUGUCAUCGUCAGGACCCAACCCCCAAGCCCAAUCCCAACCCAAUGGCAAUGACGAUACAGAACAAUCGAACCAGAGCCAAGAUCAGGAUCAGAAGCAUGUCAAAUCCCAGUCAAAUCCUAACUUCAUACCCAAUGUCAACGGCAACACCCAAUCUCGCACUGGUCAGACGCCAUCAGACUUACCGAACCUCCAGUCACUCAAUCUCGCUAUCGACCCCACAACACUCACCUCCCUCACUUCGUUAAUGUCACUAUCAGACGACCAGCUUGAAGGUCUAGACGAAUCUCAGAUAGAGGAAAUCAUGAAGCAGCUUGAAAUUGCUGAUGACGUUGCGGAUGAUUUGGAAGGGAAGUUGGAUAGGUUACUAGCUACGCUUGGAGGGGUUGAGGAGGAGAUCGUUAAUGAUAUUGAUGAGAAGGAUGAUCAGCAGAAGAAGGAGGAGGAAGGUAUAGACAACAAGUAG